UAUGGCGAGUCCAACAAGUUGGGCAUAGUAUUUGCUUCCAGAACUCAGAAAAUAAUCCCUUCACCUUCUAGCCAUUCCAAGUCGAAGCUGAAGGACCCGUUCUGGCCUGCAUUGCCCUUCAUCCAUCUUCGGACAAGUCAACAUUGAAGUCAAGAAAUCUCAAUUCCUCUUGCAUCGUUACAGUGAAGCCACUCCUGUUUCCUUCGCACCCAUUUGUUGAAGCGAAUAAUAAAAGGGCUCAACAAGAAGAGGACCUAAAGAGAGGGAGGACGAAGACGAAAUUCUUGGGUUUAAAGAAGACAUUAUGGCCGACGCAGUUGCUUCGUCCGCCGCAGGGAACCUAGUUUCGAAACUUGUCGAGUGCCUGUUUACUCCCAUUGGACGCCAAUUUGGGUACGUGCUGCGCUACAAGAGCUACGUCCAAAAUCUCCAAAAUGGAGUCAAGAAGCUGGAGGCUGCGAGGGAAAGGGUGCAGCACUCUGUUGAAGAAGCCGAGAAUAACGGAAAACUCAUUGAAAGGGAUAUUAAGAUUUGGCUGGAGAGUGUGGAGGAGGAGACUGAGAAGGCAGAUAACCUGUUAAAACGUGGCGAAAGUGCAAAAAAUGUUUGCUUCCGUGGGUGGCUUCCCAACCCCGUGGUGCGCCAUCCAAUUGGCAGGAAGGUGAAGAAGAUGACUCCAGUCAUUCAGGGACUCCACGACGAAACCACAAAACCCAUCUUCCAAAAGGUCUACCAUGAGGAUACUCCGAUUGGAAUUGUCACUGCUACCACGUCCGCUACAAGACCUGUUGACAAGAAAGAAGAUGUCCUGGAUUCCAGGGCUUCAAUCGCAGAGGAAAUAAUGAAGGCUAUAGCUGAUGACGAGGUGAGUGUGGUUGGGGUUUGGGGACCAGGUGGGGUUGGCAAGUCCAAGCUUUUGGAGGAUGUCGAAAGGCAAAUUAAGGAUCAAAAGCUGUUCGAUGUGGUCGCCAAGGCAAAUAUUUCACGCAAUCCAGAUCUAAAAAGAAUCCAGGGAGAUAUCGCUUAUGCACUGGGCUUGAAACUAAUGAAUGUGGAAACUGCAUAUGGUAGGGCCGAUUGCUUAGGUAAGAGGUUAGAGAGUGAUAGCAAGAAGAACAUUCUCAUAAUUUUAGAUAAUUUGUGGGAGAAGUUAGAGUUGAAGGAAGUUGGAAUACCUUGCGGAGAUGAUAAUAAAGUAAGAGGCUGCACGCUAUUGCUAUCAUCUAGAAACCGUGAUGUUUUGUGCACUGACAUGAGCUCUGACCGAGAAUUCCAGCUCAAUGUGUUAGAGCAUGGAGAAGACCGAAAACUCUUUGAAAGAACGGUGGGGGAUAGAGUUAACGAUCCUGAGAUUGAACCCUGGGUAGAUGGAGUGGUCAAGAAUUGCGGAGGCUUGCCACUUUUGAUUGUUUCGUUGGCAAAAAGGUUGAAGCGUAGAGAUUUGGCUGCAUGGAGGAAUGCUUCGACCAAUAUAGAUGCGUCGGAUGUGAAAUCAAUAGUGGAACUAAGUUACAACGGCUUAAAAGAAGAGCGGAUCAGAUCAUUGUUCUUGCUUUGUGCUCUAGACUCUGGGAGGAGUUUCUUGAGGGAUUCCCUUGUCUAUUGCAUGGGUUUGGGUUUAUAUGAAAAAUUCAGCAAGCCCAUCGAAAACGCUAGAGAUAGGUUGACGACGGAUCUACAUAGCCUGUCGGACUCUUCUUUGUUACUAGAGAGCGAUGACCAGGAAUGGUUCAGAAUGCAUGACACAUUUGUUGACGUGGCCAUCUCUAUUUCUUCCACGGAUUGGUACGCGUUGGUUGGGAAGAAGGAUUAUGGGUUUAAAAAAUGGUCAAAGGAUGAGCUCAGAAAAUGCACUGCAAUAUCCUUCAAUUUUGUUGGCAUUGAUGAGGUUCCAGAUAACUUGGACUGCCCAAGCUUGAGGAUUCUUCUGUUAUGCGAAUACAAUCCAUCUCUCAAUAUUCCCAAUUCAUUUUUUGAAUCUAUGGAGAAGCUCCAAGUCUUGGACAUUACUGGCUUAUCUUUCACCUCUCUACCUUCGUCGAUUGAGCUCCUUGGAAACCUCAAGUCCCUAUGUCUUGAUUGCUGCCAUCUGGAGGAUGUGACUAUUCUUGGAAAGCUGAAAGGAUUGCAGUUCCUAAGUUUCUCAGACUCUACAAUCGCUCGGCUACCCAAAGAAAUAGGCGAACUAACAGAAUUGAGAUUUUUGGACUUGACAAGGUGCACCAGGCUCAAAAUUAUCGAGCCUGAAGUGCUCGGAAGCUUGGUUAAUUUGGAAGAGCUGUACAUGGAGGACAGUUUUGAUCAGUGGGAGGUCAAGGGUGAAGCAUCGCGAAGCAACGCCAGCCUGGCUGAGUUGAAGAACAUGAAAAAGCUGAGAACUCUCUACAUUACUAUUCCUCAUUCUAUCAAUCUCUCAAGUGACCUCCCAUUUGGAAAUCUGAACAAGCAUAAAAUCCGAAUUGGGGGCACUGAGGGUUGCUCUGGUGCACACAAAGAAUCCAGAACUUUAGAGCUCAAGCUGGAUUCCGGCGAUCUUUUCCAAAAUGUGUGGAUGCAGGAAUGUUUGGGGAGAACGCAAGAUCUCUGCUUGGAUGGAUUGCAAGAUGGCAGCGAUAGCAUUCACAGCUUGUGCAUCAAAGGUUUUCUGGAGUUGAAGCAUCUUCAUGUAAAAGAUAACUUCUCGGUUCAUUAUGUUGUUGACUCCACACAUUACCCUGUAUUUACAAGAUUGGAAUCGUUGGUUCUUGAGAAUUUGAAUAGAUUGGAGAAGAUUUAUCACGAUUGUCUUGCCCCAAGAUCGUUGGGCACAUUAAAGAUUGUGAAAGUGAAAAACUGCAGUGAAAUCAAACAUUUAUUUCAUUCGUUCAUGACGAAAAAUUUCUCGCAGCUAGAAGAGAUUGAAAUAACGAGAUGCCACUUGAUGCAGCAAAUUGUUGCAGAUGCCGAGUCAGAUGAAUACAUAGACGAAAUAGAUGAUGAUGCUAGCGCGAAGUCAUUCAAGUUGCGUGGGCUGACGUUGCAAAACUUGCCAGAGAUGACGAGCUUCUAUAAAACUGGGGACCAUUCAGUCAUAUUCUUUGAUGGGCAACAGGUUUCAUUGCCCUGGUUGGAGUCCUUGACACUGUCUAAACUUCCCAAAUUGGAAGAGAUAUGGAACUCUCAAUUUCCCUCAGAUGUGACCAACCUAAAAUUUCUGAAGGUAGAGGAUUGUGCGUUCCUCUUGGGCAUCUUCCCAUCAAAUUUGGUAAUAAAGCUACAGAAUUUGGAAGCCAUAAGUGUUGAAAGAUGUCAAUUAAUACGGGAAGUAUUCAACCUUCAAGGACUGACGGCUAGUGGGGUUGUUGAGAUUCUAUCGCGAUUGACCACAUUAACCUUGAGUGACUUACCAAGGUUGGAGCACAUAUGGAACAAGAAUCCAAGAAUAGCUUUGUGUUUCCAAAACUUAAGGGCACUGAAGGUGCAAAACUGUGAGAACUUGAGGGUUCUUUUUUCUUCUUCCAUGGCCAAAACACUCCAGCAAAUAAAAGAAAUAGAAAUAGCAAGUUGUAACCUUGGAGGAAAUUAUAGAUGUGGAAGAAGAAGGAUCAGAGGAAGCUGCAUCCAUUGA